CUCUAUUUUUGUAAUGUACUGAAAAUCAACUUAAAACAUGAAUGAUCAAUCCACGAAAAAGAUUCUUUUUAACAAAUCAACACUUGUUAGUUUAAAAGCUGAGUUAUUAAGAAAGCAGGAAGAAGUAAAUGAGAAAAAACAAUCACCUUUGAACAAAAUUGAGAAUUUUAAACCUGCAGCUGCAAGGAUAAGUCAGACAGAAAAAGAUGCUAAGAGUUCAAAGAAAAGUUUCAAAGAAUCUCUGAAGGCAAUUGACACUGAGGAGUUAGAAGCAUGCAGAAAGGCAAAAUUGGCUUUGGAAAAGAAGGCAGAGCUGUAUGAGCAUUUGUCAGAUGGCGCAGGUACUUCACAGCUAACAAGUAGGUUCCUUGUCGAUUUCAACACUAAGAAGCAACAAGAGUGUGUCAAAAGUGAUCAGGAGGAUGAUGGCAGCUGUGAGGUGGAUGAGAGUGACUGGACUGAAUUUACAGACUGCCUGGGUCGCACAAGGAAGUGCCUUAAAUCAGACUUAGAGUUAUUCAAACAGAAAGAUGGUCAGUUGUCAAGAUCUGUUACAAAAGAGAGACUAAAUCCAGAAAUAAUUGAUGGAAAUGACAGACAGGAAGCUGGGAUGGUUUCAGAGAAGCCAUUGUUGGUGCAGAAAACAAAUGAUUACCUGCAGUCAUUGCGUGAGAAAUGGGAAGAGAAGGAGAGGGAACUAAUUGCAAAGGAUAAAGAUAUUCAUUAUCAAGAUUUGCUGUUUGAUGAGGCUCGCAUCCACGGCGUGGGCUACUACUCGUUCAGUACGGACGAGGCGGAGCGCCGGAAGCAGAUGGAGGAGCUGAUGAAGCGCCGGCAGGAGACGUUGCGGGCGCAGCAGGAGUCGGAGCAGGCGCGCGCGCAGCGACAGCAGCUGGCGGCCGCGCGGCUGGCGGCGGCGCGCGCCCGGCAGCGCGCCCGCAAGGGGCUGCCGCCGGAGGAUGAACCUGCAGAAAAACCAAAAGAUUUUGCAACUUGUUUACUGGAAUACCUAACGCAACACAAAGAAGAAGCGGAUGCGAAAGCAACGGAAGAGGAAAGAAGAAUAAAAGAAGAAAAAGAAAAGGAACGGCAGAAAUUACGCGAAGCUUACGUUCGGGACUGGGAUAUUGGUAAAGAAGGCGUUGAGGAAAAAGUAAAGAAAUUCAGAGAAAUGACACAAGAAGAAUAUGUGGAACAGCAAAGAGACAAACGGAUAGAUGAAUUUGCGCCACCACAGACUUCAACUGCUUCGAAAUCUCAAUUUAUAUUUGAUGAUAAAGGAAAUUUAGUUGAUGCACAGACUAAAGCUCCAGUCAAAAAGACAUGGGCUGAUGUAAGGCGCAAAAAAUCGCCAUCACCACCGGACAUUAAUUAUGUGAACGAAGAAAAAGGACUUUAUUUUUCAACUAGUAAGAAAAAUGAAAAAGUAAAAUAUCGGAAUUUUGUUAAAAGUCAAGAGCCAAGUCCCAUAAUAAAUGAAUUAGACGAUGAUAAUAAUGGUGGUAAAAACAAUCAAAACAAAUCAGAAGAAAGGAUAUCUGAUAAAGAUCAUGCUGAAAUCGCUCCACCUCCUAUAUAUGACUACUAUGGGCCUCCACCAACUAAAUAUUCUAAACAUGAAAAACCAUUCAAAUCUGAUAUCAGAGAGGCUUACGCGCAGGGCGCAAAAAGCUUGGAAGUCAAGUCAAAUACAAAAAAAAUACCUAGACAUUAUGACUUUACUUUUGAUUGAUAAGUAAAAGAUAUAUAUUCAA